AUGAGAGAUUUGAUCCUGACUGUGAUCAUCCUGCUGCCUCUGGUGUCUUUUGUUCAAGUGGCGUCAGAGUCAGAGCACUGCAUUAUCCAGCGAGAACAUGACAAAUGUAUGGAGAGGAUGGACAUGCAUGACCCCAGUGAGGACUUGGACAUGGCUUGCCCAUGGAUGUGGGACAACCUAACCUGCUGGCAGGCGGCCGCCGUGGGUGAAGUGGUAGUGGUCAACUGCCCGGAGUUUUUCCACGACCUUAUGGGCCCUGAAGAUGAGAUGGGACGGGUAAGCCGGAACUGCACGGAAGAUGGCUGGUCGGAACCAUACCCUCACUACUUGGACGUGUGUCUCUUUUACGACAACGCCACUAAACCGGACAUGUAUUAUGCUUCAGUCAAGGCCCUGUAUACAGUUGGCUAUAGCACCUCCCUGGUGUCUCUCACCACUGCCAUGGUUAUCCUCUGCAGGUUCAGGAAGCUUCACUGCACAAGGAACUUCAUCCACAUGAACCUGUUCGUAUCCUUCAUGCUCAGAGCCAUCUCGGUGUUCAUCAAGGAUGGCGUUCUGUACGCGCAGGAGGACAGCGAUCAUUGCUUUGUGCACACGGUGGCAUGCAAAGCAGUGAUGGUUUUCUUCCAUUACUGCGUCAUGUCCAACUACUUCUGGCUCUUCAUCGAAGGCCUCUACCUUUUCACUUUGUUGGUGGAGACAUUCUUUCCUGAAAGGCGAUAUUUCUACUGGUACACCAUUGUUGGAUGGGGAACGCCCACAAUUUGUGUGACUGUCUGGGCCGUACUGAGACUCCAUUUUCACGACACUGGAUGCUGGGACACAAAUGAGCACACUGCUCUCUGGUGGGUGAUCAAAGGACCUGUUGUGGCCUCCAUCAUGAUCAAUUUCGUUCUCUUUGUGGGAAUCAUCAUCAUCUUGGUGCAGAAGUUGCAGUCCCCUGACAUUGGCGGCAACGAAUCCAGUAUUUACCUCAGCUGUGCUCAGAAAUGCUUCAGUGAGCCCUCACAGGCUGUUCAGCAUUCGUGCAGGAUGUCAGAGUUGUCCACCAUCACACUACGUCUGGCGCGUUCCACCCUCCUGCUCAUCCCGCUGUUUGGAAUUCACUACACCGUCUUUGCCUUCUCCCCGGAGGAUGUUAGCAAGAGGGAGCGGCUGGUCUUUGAGCUGGGCCUCGGAUCUUUUCAAGGUUUUGUGGUGGCUGUACUCUACUGCUUCCUCAACGGAGAGGUGCAGUCGGAGAUCAAGCGGAAAUGGCGCAGCUGGAGGGUGAACCGAUACUUUGCUGUGGACCUGAAGCAGCAGAGGCACCCGUCGCUGGCGAGCAGCGGUGUGAACGGGGGGACGCAGCUGUCCAUCCUGAGCAAGAGCAGCUCCCAGAUCCGCAUGUCCAGCCCGCUGGCGGAGAGCGCCAACAUCAGCCUGCCCACCUGA